AUGAUCCCCAACUGGAGGUGCCUCCUGGCAGCCACCGCCCUUCUCACUUCUACCACCACCGUCACCGCCACCAUCGAUGCUGCGGCCCCCUCCAACAACGAUGAAUCCAUCCUCCACAGCGAACUCGCCUCACAGCAGAACUCAUCACUGCUAUGGGGUCCCUACCGCCCAAAUCUUUACUUUGGGGUGCGCCCUAGGAUUCCUAAAUCGUUGAUGACGGGCCUGAUGUGGGGGAAGGUGGAGAGUUUCCAGGACUUUCAGAACACGAUGCGGUAUACCUGUGAGCAGAACGAGGGGAUGAAAGGGUACGGGUGGGAUGAGUACGAUGCGAGGAACGGAGGGGUGCAGACGAUUCACGAUAGGGGGAAUGGGCUGACGCUCACGACGAGCUUUGUGAAGGUUCCGGGGGGGAGGAAUGGGGGGAGUUGGGGAGCGAGGGAGGGCGGUGGGAGGCUGGAGGCGGAGAGGGGCGAGGAGAAGAGGGGGUAUGAGGGGGACGUGGUGCUUAGCGGGGAGAGUGAAGGGUUGGGGGGGUAUAAGCUUGUGGUUACAAAGGGGGAGGGGGAGAGGCCGACUAGUACGCAUGAGAUUAGUGAGUUGGAGGCGUGGGGGGAGGGGGGGAGGACGACGGUGCAGAGUUUGCAGUAUCCGGACGAGCAGAUUUGGCAGGCGAAGCCGAUUGUGUUUAGGCAGUUGAAGGAGCAGGUGGAUUGGUUGGUGGAGAACAAGUAUGAUAAUGCCGAGCAUGCGCCGCCGGUCUGGCAGGUUUUCACACUGCAGAAUAGGCCGGGGAAGGGGAAUGUGCACAUUGUGCAAAAGGUCUUCGAGGGGGACUUUGAGUUUGAUGUACUCUUCUCUAGCGAGAGUGCGGGUACGGAGCUCAAGAGUGAGGAUCUGACGAGGGAGAUCAAGGCUGGCUCGGAGGAGUUUGGGGAGAGGUUUGGGGGGGUGUUUGCGCUGAAGGCACCGUUUAAUGCGGACAAGUACAAGAAGUUUGGCCGGAGCAUGUUUUCGAACUUGAUUGGUGGGAUUGGGUAUUUCUAUGGGCAGGCAGUGGUGGACCGGUCUUAUGCGCCAGAGUAUGAUGAAGUUGAUGAGGGCUUCUGGGAGGAGGCUGCCGAGGCUAGGGCUAGACAUGCGGAAGCUUUGGAGGGGCCGCAUGAGCUUUUCACCAGUGUUCCUUCACGUCCAUUCUUCCCUCGCGGGUUCUUGUGGGAUGAGGGUUUUCACCUGCUGCCUAUUGCGGAUUGGGACACUGAUCUUGCUCUGGAGGUCAUCAAAAGCUGGUUUAACCUCAUUGAUGAAGACGGUUGGAUCGGGCGCGAGCAGAUCUUGGGCGCCGAGGCACGCAGCAAAGUCCCUCAGGAGUUCCAGACUCAAUACCCGCACUAUGCCAACCCGCCUACUCUCUUCCUCGUUGUUGAGCAGUUUGUCGAAAGACUGCUGAACACCAACGGCACCGCGGCUGUCCACAAGGAACGCCUGUCUCAGAGUGAGUCUUUGGCCAACGCUUCGCUCGAGAACCCCGAGGUUGGCCUCGACUAUCUACGCAAGAUCUACCCGCUGCUCCGCCGCCAGUUCCAAUGGUUUAGAAAGACACAAAAGGGCGAUAUCAAGUCUUACGACAGAGAAGCAUACUCCACCAAGGAAGCUUACAGAUGGCGCGGCCGCACCACUACUCACUGCUUGACCAGCGGUCUGGAUGACUACCCGCGCCCUCAACCUCCGCAUCCUGGGGAGCUGCACGUUGACUUGAUGUCCUGGGUUGGUCUCAUGGCCAAGUCACUCUCCAACAUUGGCGAUGCUCUCGGCUUUGCGGAGGAUGUCAGUGAGUACAGGACCAUUUUGGACGCUAUUGAGCACAACCUUGUCGACCUGCACUGGUCCGAGACGGACGGGUGCUUCUGUGAUGCCACGAUCGACGACUUUGAGGAGAACAAGCUCGUCUGCCACAAGGGCUACAUCUCUCUCUUCCCAUUCUUGACCGGCUUGAUGAAGCCUGACGACCCCAAGGUUGGCAGGAUUCUGGCCUUGAUUGGCGAUGAGGAGGAGCUCUGGACGCCCUAUGGAUUGCGCAGUCUCAGCAAGAAGGAUGCUCUCUAUGAGACGGCCGAGAACUACUGGCGGAGUCCCAUCUGGAUCAACAUCAACUACAUGGCUGUGAAGCAGCUUCACUACGUUGCGACACAAGAUGGGCCGCACAAGGAGGUCGCCAGAGACUUGUACUCGCGCCUGCGCAAGAACCUGGUUGAGACGAUUUACAAUGCCUGGGAGGAGACUGGGUUUGCCUGGGAGCAGUACAACCCCGACACUGGAAAGGGUCAGAGAACACAGCAUUUCACUGGCUGGACCAGCCUGGUGGUCAAGAUUAUGACCAUGGAGGACUUGGAGGGUGGUGCCAAGGCCACGGGGAGUGAGCACGGUCAUGACGAACUGUAG